AUGUCCGAUCUCAAUCCAUUCCUCCUGGCCGCAGUCACUCCAGAUCCAGACCCACGCCUGCUGCCUCUCCUUCGUUCUAAGCCAGAACUCGCCUCUGCGCAAGAUGCCCAUGGCUAUUCUCUCCUACACGCUGCAGCUUCCUAUGACCACAUUAGCCUCUUGCAAUCGUUGGUCAACGAGUUCCACGUCGAUGUGAAUCUUAAAGAUGAAGACGGCGAGACAUGCUUGUUUGUCACGGAAACCGUUGACAUAGCGAAGUGUCUGGUCGAAGACUUGCACAUAGAUCUCGAAGUGCGAAACGAGGAUGGCAUGACUGCGCUGGAGAAAUUCGAGUCUGAAGAGGAGUUUCCAGAAGUUGCAGUAUACCUUCGAGCACAGAUUGUGGGUUCCGGUCCUAACGGCGCUGGCCCUACUUCUAACGGCGUCCAACAUCCCCCACCUCUCCCACCGAACAUGACCGUGAAUAUCGACACAGCGACGGAUCCAACGGCAAGCGAUCUGAACCAGGAACCAGACCCUGAAUUUAGGAGGAGGAUUGAAGAGUUGGCCGCCGGCGACAACUUCCAUUCCGAGGAGGGACAGAGGCAACUACGAGAUCUGAUCACGGAUGCCCUCAGAGGGGUUGGGCACAGCGAAAGGGAAGUGCGGAGGCGCGUCGAGUGA